AGAUAGCAGACUUGAAUUAGGGUAUAAGAUAUUAAAAAAAGAGCAAGGAGGAUCAUGAGGUCAAAGGAAGGAGAUGAUACAGAGUCUCUUUCUCUUCCUGUGGAUUUGAUAAUAGAGAUUCUUACGAAGCUGCCUCCGAGAUCGUUGUCAAGGCUCAUCUGCCUGUCAAAACUCUGGUUAUCUAUAAUCCACGGUAAAUAUUUCAACGACUUGUACCUUACUCGUUCUUCCACACGGCCACGUCUUCUUCUCCAUCGCUACUGUCAUGAUACGCGGCGUUCUCACUAUUCUUCUCUCUCGGGUGGACUGUCUCUUGGUGAUAGUAUUACUCUUCCAGGGUGUCAAAUUUCUCCACCAGUCCAUGGCUUGAUCUGUUGUGUAGAUCAUGACUCUAGUAUUGUCGUGAUUGGGAAUCCUAGCACGGGCCAGUUCCUAACUUUAACUGAUGCCAUAACUGACGUAAUCUUUUUUGGAUAUGAUCCGGUUAAUGAUCUAUAUAAAGUUCUUUCCAUGUAUUUCGUUCAUGAUAUAGAUGGAUCAGUGGUUCUUGAAAAGUCUCAAGUUCUCACUUUAGGAGGAGCUCAAGAAUCAUGGAGAGUGAUCGAAUGUAAGUAUCCGUAUUACCCAGGAACACAAGGUAUAUGCUAUAAUGGGGUUGUUUAUUAUGGAGCGUGGUCUAACCUCACUGACAGAAGAUCUGUAGUAGUGGGCUUUGAUUUGAGAUCUGAAGAGUUCAGUCUUAUUACAUUACCUGAGGAUGUUCAAAUCAUAUCACGUUUUGAGUCUGAUUUGGUGCGCUACAACGGAAAGAUAGCCUUAGUAAAUGUUUCACUGACCCGUAAAUUCGACCUAUGGGUUCUAAUGGAUGUCAAAAAACAUGAGUGGUCUAAAUAUUCUGUCGUUGCUCCUACUUGUGACUUCUUCCGUUGCAGGGGUACUAUUGAAACCGGAGAGCUAAUAUUUGAACAAUUAUAUUUUGGUGACCAGUUUUCAAUUCUCUAUUACGAUCCCAAACAAGACAAGGCUAGAAGAGUUGACCUCGAAAGAAGUGGAGAUACUACGUCUAGUGGUAGGAAAUUAUUCGUGGAUCACGUAGAGAGUCCUAUGUUUCUUCCAAGGAAGUUUAUCCAUUGAUGGCUAUUGGCUAGUGCUGGAGUUGCCUAAAUCAAUUGCUCUGUUCAUUCUCAUUUGGAAUCACAUAUAACCCAUUGAUGAAACUAUUGAUGAUCCAUUUGGGGAGCCAUUUUUUUUAUUUAUUUAUGAAAUUGUAUGCUUAUGGGUAUGCAAAUGCAAUGGCUUAAAGUGAAUUCUUGUUCUUUUUUUCCUGAAACUUCAGUUUCCUUUUUUUUUUUGGGCAAACCUCAAAACUUCAGUUUCCUUAUAUGAUUAGAUUUGCAGAAAACCAGAUAUUUUCGUUGUAUUAGUCAUUUGAUAUAUUCUUAUAUUAAUUUUCAUCUUUGUAUACGAGUCACAACUAGCAAGAAACACUGACUAAUGACUGUUUCGGUUAAAAUAGGCAAAUUGUUGGCUACUGAAGAUUCAAGGCUUCCUUUUCAGCCCCAUACUCACCAAAAUACUCUUCAAACUUCCAAAUUCUGUUUCAGAAUCUUGUAUUAAUGAAAUUGUAUCUAGGCGACAUCAAAGAAAUAAUAGAAGUUUUGUGUUUAUAGUUGUACUUUGUGAGAAAGCUGUCUACGUCGCUCAAGCCAUUUGUAAUUAAUCAUGUGGGUUAUUUGAGCUUACCUUCAAUUGGUAAAGUUGAGAUUGUGAUUGAUACUAGACUAGAAUGACGGCAUAGGCGGACAACAAGAUAUACGAGGUGCUGACACAGAAUAAUUACGCUGUGGGGAUAACAGCUUCGGGUACCGACGUUGGCAUGUCGCUGUCAGAAUGAGAUAACUUCAUGUACUUCUCUCUCUUUUAUUCUCCAAAAGGAGAGUGAAAGAAAUCCCUUUUCUCUACGGGACGACUUCAUAUAUAUAAACAAAAGAGUAAUCCUAUUUCAUUAUGGCCAGACUUCUACUCUUUGUUUAAUAGGCCAAUGGUGAUUUAGGAAGAGUUAAGCGAGGUUGCAAACCCACAACCAACACAUGUGUCCUGUCCAUCCCGAAUUUUACCGAUGAAUUCUGACAAUUUCGUUGGGAAACCCAUCUUGAAUCCAUCCGUCGGGAAUUCAUCAAAAACAUUCAAAAUAAUUUAUUUUUUGAACAUAAUAUUUUAAAAUUAAAAUAUUAUAGACCAGAUAUACGAGGGUUUUAAUUAAAAUAUUUAUUUAAAAUAUUAUAAACCACAAUAAGUUAAAAUUUACAAUUGAAAACAUAUUUAAAAUUCAAAUACAUAAAAUUUUCACUAAAAAUAAAAAAUUUCAUUAAGAAUAAAGAAAAAAUUUCACUAAGAAUAAAGAAAAAAUAAAAAAAUUAGAAGUCGUCACCCGGCUUUUGUUUCAUUUUCUCCAUAUGUCUUUGGUUUUGGGCAAUUUGCCUCAGAUUUUCCGUCAGUUAAUAAAUAACUAUUAUGUUUGGUCUGUAAGGACAUCUCCAACCCAACCUCAAAUCUUUAAACUUUGAGGUUUGUGUCAUUCCAACUUAACAUCAAAUUCUCAAAUUUUGAGGUUGUGAAUUUGAGGUUUCACUGUUCACAAACUCAUAACUAUCUUUUAUUUUCUUUUUGGUCUUUAUAGUUAUUUCUUUUCAUAAAUAUUAGUAACUUCUGUUAAUGUCAAGAACUAUAAUGUAAAGAAAUAAAAUUUUAGGGAUUUUUUUGAGGAUUCAUCGUUGGAGUAACCAACUUUCAAAUUUUCAUUCUUAAGUUUUGUUCACUUUAAAAUAAAAUGGGUUGGAGAUGCUCUAAUUGUUGCCUUUUGAUCCCUUACGCCUCAAUCUGCUCAUAUUUGUUCUAAGGUUGUUCCACGAGCUAGGGAUCCUUAGUGUACACCCACGAAAAAGAAGAGUGUGCUCUCUUUAAAAAAAAAAUUUGGGUUGGGUUGGAGAUGCUCUAAUCGUUGCAUUUUGAUCCCUUACGCCUAGAUCUGCUCAUCUUUGUUCUAAGGUUGUUCCAUGAGCUCGAGAUCCUUAGUGUACGUAAAUUGCACCGAUGAAAAAGAAGAAUGUGCUCCACGAACUUAGCAAACCAAACGAUUUUGUUUCUGUGUAACCGCCUGUGAGAAAAAAAAGUAAACAAAUUAAAAUGUUUUUCAUAUUCAAAAUAUUAUUUAGUUAAAAUAUUUCACAACGGAUCUCAAACAUGAUGUUUGUUCAUUUGCCCCUCACUCGAGCUGUUGGAAGCAGAAUAUUCAUCUUCUGUCAUCGAAACUUGGGACAAAAUAUCAGCUGCUUGGAAUUGGACCAGCUGAAUGACUUCAUUCAUCACCGAAUUAUGAAUUUGACCCAUCUCCUUAUUGGUGUGCGCCCCUUUGAGCGACUCCAAAUGGUAGAAUGCAUUACCUUCACUUUCUGUAAUCUAUAUAAAAUUUAUAAGGAUUGAUAAAUCUAUAAUAUAAUAGUUCAGUUGAGUUUUUCCUGAGGUGGCACGUCAGCAGUAUGGGUCCCACCUCUAUUAUUUUUUUCUAAACGUUUCUGCUUUGGGUUCUAUAGAUCUGGUCUUCGUCGGGCUUCCUUCCAAACUGGCAUGUUAUAGAUUUAUGGUUUAUACCAUCAGCCUAAAACCAAAAGAGAGAUUUAAGCAUUUAUUAACAAAAAAAUAGAAGUUUUCCACCUUCCAAUUGUCAAGUAUUCAAAUGACUAGAACACUAAAAACAUAGUUUGAUUAGCUUUAAGAGAAACUAAGGAAAACAGAGAGAGAAAAACGAGAAUUCAGCCAAAAAAAACGAGAAUUCAUCCAAAAAAAACCUCAACUUUGCACGAAUUGCCAAAAGAAACAUGAACUUUUGGGCUGACCAAAAAAACACUAAACUUUCAUUGACUUUAGAAUUAAUUAACAAUGUUUUCGCUGACUUGCCAAUUUAGCACGCCGUCAACAAAUU